AUGGAUGUGUUUACUUUCUUUUUCCUGGGCUUGAGAGUAUUUGUUUUCUGCAUUGGAUUUAUGGGUAACAUCUUUCUCAUCCUUUCCAUCAUCCAGACCAAGUUCUCCCAUAUUAAAUCAUUUGAGUUAUUUCUCAUGGGACUGGCUGCAGCCAACUUAGAGGAAAUUGUCAUCAUAAACAUUUAUGAUGUUAUCAUCUUGCAGACUUCCUCCACCGCUGCUGGCACUUGGUUGUGUGAUUUACUCAAAUUUCUGACUAUGUUUGGUGAAAUCUGCAGCAUUCUCUUCACUGUCAUCAUCAGCAUCUUCCGCUACCAGAAGCUGAAAGAUGUCACCAAGAGGAUGAGCCUCCCGAUUUACCUGGAUAGCAUCAGAUCAGCCUGGACACUAAGUGGGGUUUGUGUGAUGAUGUCCUUGCUCUUCUGCCUUCCCGUUUUUGCUAUUAACCCUCAAGGCUCUGUGGAAAACAUCACAAGAAACAAUAGUGGCUGCCCUCCAGACUUCUUUUACUGUGGUAAAAAUCACUGUCCCAAACUGUACCUCGUCUACAAAUAUCUUUUCAGCCUGAUGUGCCACCUGCUGCCCCUGAUCAUUGUCACGGUCACCAGCUGCCUCAUCAUCGCAGUGCUAUUGAGUCAGAGGACGAUGGUGACACCUGUGGUUAGUGUGAGCCCAUCAAGCCAGCUGAACAGGAAAACUAAAGAUCUGAGGCUCACUCGAAGCACGGUUGCUGUAGUGGCAGCCAUGGCGUUAUUCCAGAUAGACUGGACCCUCUACCUUAUCUUCCAAUGGCUUUUUAUCCCAGUUGACUUUCCUUUUAUGGCUGAAGCUGAGUUCUUUAUCUCAACUUCCUAUACAUCCAUAUCUCCAUAUGUUUAUGGGAUAGGGCACAACCUGUUCUCUCUAAAGAACUUGAAAAAGAUGUUAUUUAAAUCUUUGCUUUAG